AAUAUUUAAUUUCUGAAAGUUUGUACAUCUAAGUCACGUGUUAAUAAAAGUACAAAUACAAGACUAACACUUAAUGCUGUGACUAUAGAUGAUUAUGUGAAACGGAGAAAAUCGUCUACCAUCACCAAACCUGUUUCCAAUAAAGUGUUGCUUCCUGAAAGUAAAUAAUCUAGAGAUAAAGCAACAUGAAUUAUGCUUGUCGAGAACAGUGCGUUAUCGGCAUUGAUGUUGGAACGCGAAGCGUAAGGGGAGCGUUAAUUACUGUAAAGGGUAAGGUCUUCCGCGUAGAGUCUCAUCCGAUACAAAUAUGGAGUCCAGAAGCUGAACGCUAUGAACAGUCUUCGGAUGAUAUCUGGGAUGCUUGUUGCACUGUAGUCAAGAAACUGAUUGGUGGGUCUAAAAUACAUCAAGAUGAUGUGGUUGGAAUUGGAUUUGAUGCCACCUGUUCUUUGGUUGUACUGGACAAAAACUUUCAGCCUUUGACGAUUAGCUCUACAGGCUGUAAACAUCAGAACAUAAUUAUGUGGAUGGACCAUAGAGCUCUCCUUCAAGCUAACUUCAUCAACAAAACCGAACACAUGGUUUUAAGAAGCACAGGAGGAACAGUUUCCUUAGAAAUGCAGCCUCCAAAAUUAGUGUGGAUAAAGCAGAACCUACCAGCAACAUGGGAAAAUGCUGGACAUUUCUUUGACCUACCAGAUUUUCUGACAUGGAGAGCAACUGGGAGCUUGAGCAGGUCCAUGUGUACAGUAACAUGUAAAUGGUUAUUUCAAGCAGAUGAUUCAGGAGUAAUGUUUUGGGACCAAACUUUUUGGGAACAAAUUGGAAUGUUAGAACUAACAGAAGAGAAUUUCAAGAAAAUUGGAAACAUCAUCUUGGCACCAGGACAGACUUGUGGAAAAGGAUUGACUGAGGUUGCUGCAACAGAACUAGGACUAAAAGCAGGAACUCCUGUAGCAACUUCAAUCAUUGAUGCACACGCUGGAGGCAUUGGCUUGUUAGGUUGCAGUCCAGCUGGAUAUAAAAAUCGUUUAACAAAUCGGCUUGCCCUUAUAUGUGGCACCUCAACCUGCCAUAUGAAGGUCACAGAGAAACCUUUAUAUACACCUGGUGUUUGGGGACCUUAUUUUUCAGCAAUGAUACCUAACCUGUGGUUGAAUGAAGGAGGCCAGAGUGCUGCAGGAGCACUGGUUGAUCAUAUUAUUUACACACACCCUGCUGCCAAGUGUUUUGAAAAUAAAAGUGAAACAAGACACGUUCAAGAAAUACUGAAUGAACAUCUUGAGUUGUUGGCAGUAGAGAGAGGUGUUUCUUCUGUUUCAUUCUUAACAACAGACCUUCAUAUCUGGCCAGAUUUUCAUGGGAAUAGGUCACCUUUAGCUGAUUCAACUCUAAAGGGAAUGAUUUUAGGGUUAACUCUAACUUCAGAUGAGAAUGAUUUGGCAUGCAGCUAUCUUGCAACUCUUCAAUCACUUGCUUAUGGGACAAGACAUAUAAUAGAGAAUUUGGAAAUGGCAGGUCAUGAAAUUGAAAUGCUCUUGAUGUGUGGUGGAUUGGCGAAAAACAAGGUUUAUGUCCAGAUGCAUGCUGAUGCAACAGGUUUUCCAGUCCUGGUUCCUCAUGAACCAGAAUCAGUGCUUUUGGGAGCUGCUGUAUUAGCUGCUACGGCUGCCAGUAUCUAUAAGGAUGUUGGCGAAGCUACAUCACACAUGUGUGGGGGAGGAAAAAUUGUUUUACCACAGUUAAAAGAUAAAAGUUUCCAUGAUGGAAAAUAUGAAGUUUUUCUCAAACUACUAACUUGCCAAAAAGAAUGUAGGGAAAUCAUGCAAGAAACGUUUUGAAGGACCGGCUGAAGUAAAUUUGGCGUGCGGAUUUUGCUUUUCAUCAAAUGCGUUGUUAUAAAGCAUUUCUAUGCCUGCAAGUGCUUUCUGAAGUGUGUACAAAUUAUUAUUUUUUGUGCAGUUAAAAUAAUAAAACUCCAUGAAUAUGUA